ACCCAACCGUUACGACCAACACUGAAACGACCCAUCAACCAAAACACUGCCAAGAACCAAAAUUGAUCAAAUUAUCUCACACCCAAUGGCCCAAAUCCCGAGACCCAGAAGCGUUCUCGAGUCCUUAGGCGAAGAGAUCAUCAGGAUCAUAACGCCAGUCUCAAUCUGCAUGUUCAUGGUGGUCAUUUUAGUCUCAAUUCUCACCUCGGAUUCCUCGACAACUGUGAGCUCCAUAGCCACCAUAGCCUACUCAGAAACAACCUCGGACACAACCUGGGACAAAUUCGUAGGUGCCCUCUUGAACUCCCUUGUUUUUGUGGCCGUUGUAACUGUCGUCACAUUCGUUUUAGUUCUGCUUUUCUAUUUGAGAUGCACUAAGUUCUUGAAAUACUACAUGGGUUUUUCAGCCUUCGUCGUUUUGGGGUUUUUGGGAGGUGAAAUUGCCCUAUUUUUGAUUGAGGAUUUUGACAUCCCAAUUGAUUGCAUUACAUUUUUGGUGGCUUUGUUCAAUUUUGCUGUUGUGGGGGUUUUGUCUGUUUUCAUGUCAAAAAUGGCGAUUUUUGUCACACAAGGGUAUUUAGUUGUUAUUGGAAUGUUGGUUGCCUAUUGGUUUACUCUUUUGCCUGAAUGGACUACUUGGGUGCUGUUGGUUGCCAUGGCAUUGUAUGAUCUCGCCGCGGUUUUGUUGCCCGUCGGGCCUUUGAGGCUCUUGGUUGAGCUUGCGAUUUCCAGGGAUGAAGAUAUUCCUGCACUGGUUUAUGAGCCUAGGCCAGUGAGUUAUAAUGAUUCUGGUACAAGUGGUGGUGUGACUCAAAGGAGGGUGUGGAGAGAAAGGAGGAAUGAGAAUUUGAAUACUGGGGCUAACCCGAAUUUGAAUGACAAUUCUGUUUUGGUUGGAAAUGAGAAUAACGCGUUGUCCAACCUGAACGCCGAUGGUAUUUCGGAUUCAAAUUCAAGUCCCGGUGGAGAUAGUGUUGCGAGCUUGGUGAGAGCUGAGGAGGGGCGGGUUGUGGAGAGGGACUCGGAGCUUGCUGCUCCAUUGCUUGAUCGUGGAAUGAAUGCCCCUCAGGUUGAACGGGAAAGUGCUAUGACGAGUGAGAAUUUGUUGCUGGAGGGGAUGGGGUUGGGGUCAUCUGGUGCAAUCAAGCUUGGCCUAGGAGACUUCAUCUUCUACAGUGUCUUGGUUGGGAGAGCAGCACUGUAUGACUAUAUGACAGUUUAUGCGUGCUAUCUCGCUAUUAUAGCUGGUCUUGGCGUCACUUUGAUGCUAUUGGCUUUGUACCAGAAAGCUUUGCCAGCUCUUCCAGUGUCUAUAAUGUUGGGCGUAGCGUUUUAUUUCUUGACUCGGUUUCUGCUUGAAGUUUUCGUUGUACAAUGUUCUUUGAACCUGUUGAUGUUCUAGGAAUGUAAAUUGUCUUACAGAAGGUUGAUCCUCAGCCAUUAAAUUAUUGGAAUAUAAUGCAAAACUCAUGAUUUAUUCUUGCAA